AAACUACUUGUGUCGGUCCAGGCCCUGCUGGCAGCAGCCAAUCUGCUGGACGUGAUGGCAGUGCGAGAAGCCUGUUGUCGUUUUAUGGAGCGUCAGAUGGAUGAGAUGAACUGUGUGGGGAUUCACUGCUUUGCCGAGGCCCAUUCUUGUAGCAGGCUGGAGAGCAGCAGCAUGGACUACAUCCUUCAGCACUUCAGCAGUGUUUAUCAGCAGGAGGAGUUCCUGUCUCUGUGUGUGGACAAACUGACCGAAAUCCUUGCCAGUGACUUUCUUAAUGUGCCUAAAGAGGAGAUGGUGUUUGAGGCGGCCAUGUUGUGGCUGAAUAAAUGUUCCUCUCGCAAACAGAGCUUUGAAAAGGUCCUUGAGCAUAUCCGGCUGCCUCUUAUCAGCCCCUACUACCUCCAUGAUGUGAUCGAGUCUCUGGAUGUGGUGAAGGAGAACCAGGGCUGCCAGAGGCUCAUCUCUGAGGCCAAGGACUACCUGCUGCUAAAGGACCGCCGUGGAGAGCUCUACUGCCCCAGAGCGAGGCCACGCAGGUCCACAGGAACAGCUGAAGUGAUAGUGACAGUUGGCGGAGAGGACAACACGGGGUUGCUGCGCAGCGUUGAGAGCUUCAAUCCCAUGACGAAUCAGUGGAAGAACCUGGCCUGCCUGCCCUUUGCUGUGCGCAAACACGGGCUGGUUGUGUCGGACUCCACUCUGUAUUUGGCAGGAGGAGAGUUAUCUGACGGCUCACAGAGCAGUGAGAUGUGGCGCUAUGACUCCUGCUGUGACUCCUGGAUCAAGAUGGCUCCCAUGAAUAUGGCUCGUUCUUCGUUAGGCCUGGCAAUGCUGGACGGCUUUGUGUAUGCAGUGGGAGGGUGGAGUCAACUGUUAAACACAUGCGUGAACUUUGUGGAGUGCUUCGACCCUCAAACCAACUCCUGGCAGGUCAUCGAAUCUGUCAAGUUGGCUGUCGCAAGUCCUGCUGUGGUGGCCCUGGACGGACUGCUCUAUGUUACUGGGGGAGAAGUGGAGAAUGGCGUAGGCGCAGACCUCUCUCAAGUGUACAACCCUAAAUCCUCUGCAUGGACAGAGAUUGCCCCCAUGCAGAUCAUUCGCCAUUGUUCCUCAGCUUGUACACUCAAAGGAAAGCUUUACGUUAUAGGUGGAUGGAAUUUCUUGACGGGAAAUUCAGAUAUGGAGUCUUACAAUCCCAAGACUGACCAGUGGACCAUGUGCACCCCCAUGAAAAAACACUACUGGUUCAGUGCUGCUGUGGUGGAUGGAAAGAUCUAUGUCCGGGGAGGAGAACUCAGUGACGAGAUGGCACGACAGGACAUUAUUGAGCGGUACCGUGAUGAGACUGACACAUGGGAGAUCGUUGGGAAGAUGCCCACCAGACGGAUCUGGCACAGCUGUGUGUCUCUCCAGCUUAAGGAAAGACAUCCACAUUGGCAGCUGUUCCUGUACGACAAAUGACAACUGAGCGAGGAGGAAAUCUUUUUUUAGUGGUUAAUAUUUGCAUCCUUCAUUGGGAGGCCAUGCACUGCAAAAGCUCAGAGCAGCAAACUGAGAAGAGAUGCCUGGAUUUGGCACAACACUGUUACUGGUGGCCUGCUGUUUGUUUGUUUUUUUCUUUUUAAUCGGUGACUGCUUGUGGGAUGGGUCUCACUCACUUGGGUCCCUCCUUUUCCAUGUGGUGAUAAAGAAAACGUGGUACAUGAAUCUCAAGUGAUGGACUGACUGAACGGUGACUCAGCCUGCAGUCUAAACUCACUCUCUGCAUGAUGUGAACAUGUUUAGGGUACUGUUUUAAUGUCCAAGCACCUCAAAUCUGAGCCAACAUAGUGUAUUUUUGUAUUUUGUGGCUGUGAGAGAGAUCUUUUUAAAGAUGGUACACAUUUCGCUCUCUCAAAAGAUUUUCUAUGGGCCAAAUCAUUGUCUUUACUAACUGUAAUUUGUUGAGUAUUUUUUUUGUAAUGCAGUGUUUAGUGAAUUUAAAUAGAGUUGGAUUCUAAUAAAGAUUUUUUUACUUUUG